GUAUGAAGUCCCUCUUGUAAUUUCUUUUUUUUAAAAACACAAAUAAUUCUACAGUUUACCCAACAAUCACGAGAAAUCACCAAAAUAUCAAAUUUGCAUCCUUUGCUUUGACGCCAUAGCUUCAAUCACAAUCCCCAAUUAAAGAGCUACAAUUUUCUCUAUUAAUCAAUCAAAUCGUACAGAUUUAUUGAUUUUCCUAAUAGAUUCCUCAGAAUUUCAUGUGAAAUCAAUCCGCUAAUGGUAGAUUAACUAUUCUCCCCACCCAUUGCAAUUCGAAUGGAAGUUUAGCAUUCUCAGAUUUUAAGUGGUAUACUUUGAUUCCGGGGAAUCGGACGAAGUGAGCCAUGUCAUCAUCAGGCGGCGGUUUGAGGAAUACAUCUGUUAUUGUCCUUACUUUGGAAUCUGGGGAAAUAUACAUUGUUGUGAGCUUAUCCUCAAGGAGUGACACCCAAGUAAUUUAUGUCGAUCCAACAACUGGAGGACUGUGUUAUUUUGGAAAGAUUGGGGUUGACAUCUUUAAGUCAGAGCGCGAAGCUGUAGAUUUCGUCACAAAUGGUUCAAAGUGGCUCUGCAAAAGUACCACAUAUGCCAGAGCAAUUUUAGGUUAUGCAGCCCUUGGAAAUUUUGGCAUGCUUCUUGUUGCUACAAAGUUGGCUCCCAGCAUUUCCGAUUUACCUGGGGGAGGUUGCGUUUAUACAGUGAUGGAGACUCAGUGGAUCAAAAUUUCGUUGCAAAAUCCUCAAGCUCUUGGGAAAGGAGAAGCGAAAAACAUAUUGGAACUGAUGGAGCUCGAUAUUGACGGGAAGCAUUACUUUUGUGAGACAAGGGACAUGAGCCGCCCUUUCCCUAGUCAGAAGCCCUUGGACCAGCCUGAUGAUGAAUUUGUUUGGAAUGGAUGGCUGUCCUCCCCUUUCAAGAUCAUAGGGCUUCCUCAACAUUGUGUCAUUCUUUUGCAGGGAUUUGCAGAAUGUCGAAGCUUUGGGAGCUUAGGUCAGCAAGAAGGUAUCAUUGCUCUCAUUGCUCGCCGUAGCAGACUGCAUCCUGGUACUCGAUACUUGGCAAGGGGAAUAAAUUCUUGUUCGGGCACUGGAAAUGAAGUGGAAUGUGAACAGCUUGUUUGGGUACCCAAAAGGGCUGGUCAGAGUGUUCCUUUCAAUACAUACAUUUGGCGGAGAGGCUCUAUUCCCAUGUGGUGGGGUGCUGAAUUAAAGAUCAGUUCUGCAGAGGCAGAAAUAAAAGUUGCUGAACAUGAUCCUUACAAGGGAAGUGCUGAAUACUACCAGAGAUUGAGCAAACGAUAUGACACUCGAAACUUCAAUCUCUCUGGUGGUAGCCAGAAGAAAAAUUCUUUGGUCCCAAUAGGAUGCAUUAAUUUGCUUAGGAAUGCAGAGGGGAAAUCGGAAUGUAUACUGGUUCAUCAUUUUGAGGAAUCUCUAAAUUUUAUCAGAUCAUCAGGGAAGCUCCCUUCCACUAAAAUUGUUUUAAUGAAUUAUGACUGGCAUGCAAGGGUUAAGUUAUAUGGUGAGCAGCAAACAAUUGAAGGGCUAUGGAGACUCCUUAAAGGGCCUACGAUAACCAUUGGCAUCACUGAAGGGGAUUACCUACCUACACGUCAGCGCAUAGCCAGUUGUAGAGGUGAAGUGAUCUGCACUGAUGAGAUUGAGGGUGCAUUUUGCUUAAGAUCUCGCCAAAAUGGAGUGUUACGUUUUAAUUGUGCCGAUUCUUUGGAUAGGACAAAUGCUGCUAGUUAUUUUGGAGCUUUGCAAGUGUUUGUAGAGCAAUGCAGAAGACUGGGCAUAUCUCUUGAUAGUGAUAUGGCGUUUGGUCAUCAGUCAGUGGAUAACUAUAGUGGAUAUACGGCCCCACUUCCGCCAGGCUGGGAAAAACGCUCGGAUGCAGUUACAGGGAAGUCGUAUUUUAUUGAUCAUAACACAAGGACGACUACAUGGAGCCAUCCAUGCCCGGAUAAACCUUGGAAAAGAUUUGAUAUGACAUUUGAGGAGUUUAAGAGGUCAACUAUUUUGUCACCUGUAUCUCAACUAGCUGAUUUGUUUUUGAUUGCUGGGGAUAUACACGCUACACUUUACACUGGCUCUAAAGCCAUGCACAGCCAGAUACUCAACAUAUUUAACGAGGAAGGUGGCAAGUUCAAACAAUUAGCUGCAGCACAAAACUUGAAAAUCACUUUACAAAGAAGAUACAAAAAUGCCAUUGUAGAUAGUUCUCGCCAGAAGCAGCUGGAGAUGUUUCUUGGAAUGAGGCUUUUUAAGCAUCUUCCAUCAAUCUCACUUUAUCCUCUGCAAGUAUUAUCUCGACCACCCGCUUGCUUUCUUAAGCCUGUUCCAAGCAUUUUCCCAAAUUCUGGUGAUGGUGCUGGUCUUCUGAGCUUCAAGAGAAAAGAUCUGGUCUGGGUUUGCCCCCAGGCAGCAGAUGUAGUUGAACUUUUCAUUUACCUUAGUGAGCCAUGCCAUGUUUGUCAGCUUCUUCUCACUGUCUCACAUGGUGCAGAUGAUAUGACUUUUCCUUCAACAGUUGAUGUGAGAACAGGCCGAGAUCUGGAUGGACUUAAACUGGUCUUGGAGGGUGCUUCAAUACCUCAAUGUGAAAAUGGGACAAAUAUUUUAAUACCUUUACCUGGAUCUGUUAGUUCAGAAGAUAUGGCUGUAACUGGAGCUGGUGCCCGUCUUAAUGGUGCAGAUGCAUCAAUCUUGUCAUUGUUGUAUGAUUUUGAGGAACUGGAGGGAGAGUUGGACUUUCUUACUCGUGUCGUCGCUCUUACUUUCUAUCCUGCUGCUUCUGGGAGAACUCCAUUAACUCUUGGUGAGGUCGAGGUUCUUGGUGUGUCACUUCCUUGGAAAGCCGUUUUUACAAAUGAAAGCCGUGGAGCAAGAUUGCUUGAGCAUGCAAAAAAUUGUCAGAAACAGAAUACCUUCUUGUCUGGUCCUCAUUCCAGUGCUGUUGGUGGUGCCUCGUUAUCCAGUGAAACUGUGCAACCAAAGACUCUACCGAACUCUUCAUCCAACGAUUGGUUAGAUCUUUUGACUGGAGAUGGAAUGCAUUUGAAUCCGUUCUCUAACCCUUUAAAUGAGCAUAAUGAUGAUCAGGCUGGUUCUCAAACCUCCCCAUCUUUGGAUGUGAAACCAUCUGAUAAAGGCGGUGAACAGUAUAUAGAGUGCUUAAAGUCCCUUACUGGUCCGCAAAUGAGACAGAAGCUAAAUUACAUGGAAGCCAUGAAACUGGAAAUUGAACGCCUCCGCUUAAAUCUUUCUGCUGCUGAGAGAGAUAGGGCUCUAUUGGCAGUUGGCACAGAUCCUGCUUCUAUAAAUCCGAAUCUGUUGCUGGAUGAUCCGCAGAUGAUAAGAUUGUGCAGGAUCACAACUAGUCUUGCAAUGGCGGGACAAGCAGCUCUUGAAGACAAAAUUACUAAAUCAAUUGGUCUUGAGAAAAAUGACGAUGAUGUCAUUGAUUUCUGGAAUGUUUCUGGUUUUGGAGAGAGCUGUGUUGGCGGUGUGUGUGAGGUACAUGCUGAAAAUGGGGAAACGGUGCAAAUAUCUACCGUGAAAUCAUCAGCAGAUUCCUCAAGGUCUUUGUUGUGUUCUCAUUGCGGGAGAAACGUUUGUCAAAUAUGUUGUGCUGGAAGGGGAGCAUCUCUGCUUGCAAGUUCUAGUACAAGGGGUUCUUUGAACUCUAAUGGUGGACAAGGCCGCAGUGGCUCAAGCCAUGGAAGUCAAGCUGACAUCUAUACUAAUAACAACUAUGUCACAUCAAAUGGGGUCAUCUGUAAACAGUGCUGCAGUGAUGUUGUGCUGAAUGCAUUAGUACUGGACUAUGUCAGGGCCUUGUUAAGCUCCAGGAGAACCACUCGUGUUGGUACUGCUGCUUUUACAGCUUUGGAUAAAGUCCUUGAAUUUUCCUUGAAUGCUGAAACUAGUAAAAGGUGUAUACCUUCUGGCGCCCCAGACUCUAGUAAAGUUUUGAGAAAGAUACUUAAUGGGGAAGAAUCUUUAGCUGAAUUCCCAUUUGCCAGCCUUUUGUACUCGGUUGAAACAGCUGUCGGAGCAGCUCCCCCCUUGUCAUUGUUUGCACCUCUGGACUCAGGGCCACAGCAUUCCUAUUGGAGAGCUCCUUCUAGCUGCAAUUGUAUUGAAUUUUCCAUUGUUCUUGGUACUCUUUCAGAUGUCAGUGGAGUAACUCUAGUGAUUAGUCCAUGUGGCUACUCAGAAGCCGAUGCUCCUAUUGUGCAAAUAUGGGCCAGCAAUAAAAUAAGCAAGGAAGAAAGGUCAUGCGUGGGAAAGUGGGAAGUGCAAUCUUUCUUGCAAUCUUCGCCAGAGUAUUAUGGACCAGAAAAGUUUGACGCUGUUGGAACUGCUCCCCGGUACAUCAAUUUUUCCUUCAGGAAUCCUGUUCGGUGUCGCGUCAUUUGGAUCAUGCUACGCCUUCAACGAGCUGGUUCAGCUUCUGUGAAUUUUGGGAGUGAUUUCAAUCUUUUGUCAUUGGAUGAAAAUCCUUUUGUUCAACCAACUAGACGUGCGUCUUUUGGGAGCCUAGAUGAAAAAGACCCAUGUCUUCAUGCCAAAAGAAUUCUUGUACUUGGAACUCAAUUAAAGAAAGAUACGGAGCUCACAGCACCAGAAGGUUCAGAACAGUUAAAAUUGCAAAAUUGGCUGCAGAAGGCACCUCAGCUUAAUAGAUUUAAGGUUCCAAUAGAGACUGAAAGAUUAAUUGAGAAUGAUCUUGUCUUAGAGCAGUAUCUAUCACCUGCUUCGCCGUUGUUAGCUGGUUUUCGUCUUGAUGCUUUUAGUGCUAUUAGACCUCGUGUUACUCAUUCACCUACUUCUGAUGUGAUUGCUUGGGAUCCCUCUGCUGUACUACUCUUAGAAGAAAGGCAUAUCACACCUGCCGUGUUAUUUGUUCAAGUAUCAGUACUCCAGGAAUCCAGCAUGGUAACGGUUGCAGAAUAUCGAUUGCCAGAGACCAAGCCUGGAACUCCAAUGUAUUUUGAUUUGCCAAGACAAUUGCAGACUCGUAGAAUCACGUUUAGACUCCUCGGGGAUGUGGCUGCAUUUAUUGAUGACCCAACUGAGCAAGAUGAUACCGAGUACCGAAGUUCACCCUUGGCUGCAGGGCUUUCCCUGGCCAAUAGAGUUAAGCUAUAUUAUUAUGCUGAUCCUUAUGAGCUUGGUAAAUGGGCUAGCCUUUCUGCUGUCUGAAUACGAGUCAUCCAUUCGUGGCUUUGCAGAAAAACCACUUGUUUUUUCUUCUUCUUUGAGCAAUGGUGUGUAUAGAACUGUGAUAAUAUUUGUGGCUUUGCAGCUAUUUUCCCCCCCUGGCUGCUAUUCUUGUUGUAUUACUGUAAUGUUCUGUAUCAUUUUUUAUUCAUUGAUUAAAUAUAUUAGGUUUUGGGGUAAUAAAAUUCCAGAGUUAUGAAGAAGUGUGUAUGCUUUUGUUUU